CUUCCUAUCUAUCCACAAAACAUUGAAGAACUGAAGAUUGUCCGUUGUUGGUUGGAAAGAUUAUUUAUUUGUACUUUUGAUCAUGCAGAAUUUAAAGAUUAUAUUUUCAAUCCAGAAAUGAUUAAAAUACUUUUUGACAACGAAAAAUAUAUUCCAACUCAAUUUCGUGCAAAAUACGGGACAUUAACUUAUCGCAACCUCAAUAUCAAAAAUUUAUUAAAAUUUAGUUUGGAUCAUUUAAUUAUUAUUAAUGAACUUGGAAUUAAAUUUAAAUGCUUAGAUAAAAAAGAAAGAUGCAACAAUUAUAUUUUAGAACUGUUAAAUAAUGGAGGCAGAAAUAUCCAUUUAAUUAGAUUUAAUAUAGAGAAGCAAGCAUUGUUGGAUUUGAUUAUAAAGGUAGUUAUAGAGGCAUUUCGGAUCUGGAUCUUUGGUGAUUUGUCAUUCCUGAUCUUGGUCACUUUUAAUAAUUUACUACACUCAGAAAUGUAGUCACAAAAUGAUAAUUUUAAUUUUAAUAAUGAAUAAGGGUGUCUCUUUCCAAAAGACCAAAUAUAGGGCGAAGCGUGUCAAAUAUGGCAAAAAUAGGGCGAAAUUGGCAAAAAAUAGGGCAUUGUUUUAAACACUUAAAAAUACUUAAAAUUUAAAAUAGAAAGCUUUAUUAUGCUUGUUUUUUACAAUUUUAAACUAAAUUAAACUGGGACUACGCAAGAGACAACUUAGAAACGCGACGCAAGUCCAAAAACGACGCAAAACGGAACGCAAGAUAUUUUUUUAUCAAAAAUCCGCUUCCACCUACCGCAAAAUUCUGCCUUUUUGAGCCUUCCGUCUUCCGUUUUUUUAUAUUUCCCUUACGUUAUCAUUCAAAAUUGUCCAUUCCUGUUAGUUAAAUUAC